UGCCGCCAAGGGAGGAAGUGUCGUAAGGGCCGACAGGAACUGGCCGCGGGUUUUACGGCCGCGGCGGCCGCGCUUGGCGGCGGCGGAGCGGGAGCUGCCCAGACGCGGCGGAUAUGGCCGAGGUACCGCCGGGGCCUAGCAGCGUCCUGUCCCCGCAGGGGGACACGCUCUCCCCCUUCCCCGGAGGAGGAGGAGGAGGAGGGGGGGCUGCUUCCUCCUCCUCCUCCUCUGCCGCCUCCUAUGCCGCCGCCGCCGCCGCCUGCACCGGCGCCCAGGACGAGGAGGCCGAAGAGGAGGAGGAAGAGGAGGGACCCGCGGGCGGACGGGAGCAGCAGCAGCAGCGAGGAGGAGGAGGAGGAGGAGGCAGCGACGGCGGCAAGGGGGGCCCGCAGCACCGCCACCACCACCGCCACCACCACCACCCCCCGCACCACAACCACCAGCUCAACGGCCUCAUCAGCCCCGAGCUGCGGCACCUGCGGGCCUCCCUCAAGGGCAAGAUCCUCGGCUCGGAGGCAGGGGCGGCCCCCGAGGGGCUGGAGAACAAGCGAGCCAGCAAAACAAUGGGCUCCGGACAGCAGCAGUCGUCGCCCCCCACCGCAGCGCCCUGCUCGUCCCCCCACGCCAACCACCUCCCUCCCCAGGGAAGGACUGCACCCUCUCCUCCUCCUUCUCCCCCAGCUAAAGGGGACAGGAGCCAGCCUGCUGCCACAACCACGACUGCUGCUGCUAAGACUGCAGCCCGCAAUGGGCUGGCGGGAGAGACUGGCUUGGAGGAGGAAGAGCAGGAGGAGGGGGAUGAAGGAGGGGAGGAGGAGGAGGAGGAGUCCCUGCAGCUACUCUCCGGGUCCUUAGCAGCAGCCUGCAGUUUGAAAGGCUCGGGAACGGACUGUCAGCCCGAGGAGGACCUAACGAUACGAUACGUCCAGUAUGAGUCAGAGCUGCAGAUGCCCGAUAUCAUGAGACUGAUCACCAAAGAUCUGUCUGAACCCUACUCCAUUUACACAUAUAGGUAUUUUAUCCACAACUGGCCACAACUUUGCUUUUUGGCCAUGGUAGGUGAGGAGUGUGUAGGUGCCAUCGUCUGCAAGCUGGAUAUGCACAAAAAGAUGUUCCGCAGAGGUUAUAUAGCCAUGUUAGCAGUGGAUUCCAAAUACAGAAGAAAAGGAAUUGGUACAAACUUGGUUAAGAAAGCUAUUUAUGCUAUGGUUGAAGGAGAUUGUGAUGAGAAGCUGUGUGAUGGGAAGUGCUUUGGGACACUGAGCCAGAUUUUGUGGUGCCCUCACAGAUUCUGUGGAAGAUGAAGACUGGACUCCUGUAAUUUAAACACCUGUAUCAGAAAACUCCUCAGUGUGCUGCAACCAAAGAGGGAAAAAAUUAGGGAUAACUUCAUAUUAUGUGCAGAUUUAUAUCUGUGUUCCCAUAGAUAGGAGGGAAGAAGGUAGGAGAAGAUUCCAGGGAUGAUUCCCAGGGUGGAGCUGGGAAAAUAAAUCAGAACAGUGACCCUUGGUGCUGAGGCAAAAGCUGGCAGUGACUCCAGCCCCAUAUACCCUAAUUUUUGUCCCAUCUGGCUGUCCAAGACUCCAGCACCAGCAGGACCAGGACUUUAACUCCCCACCACACUCUUUCUCUAGGAGAUGGAGAAUUUUGUUUAUGCCUGAAGCCACCCCUGGAUAUAAAUGAGGCUUAGGCAGGCUGGGGGUGGUUUCUUCUCCCAGGAACAAGUGACAGGACAAGAGGAAAUCACCUCAAGUUGCACCAGGGGAGUUUUAUUAGGAGGAUAUUAGGGCAAAUUGAAAUACAAGUUGAAAGCAAAUGUUGCUACAGAGAGAAGACCUUCACUUUUUUUUUUCUUUUUUCUCCUUUUUUCCUUCUCUAGCUUUAGCAUGGUAUUUUCUGCCACGUUUCUGCCACAUUUUUGUGAUUACUUUUAGUAAUAUCUUGCCAGAUCAUUGUUACAAAAAUUGUUACAUCUUCACAGAAAUAGCAGCAAUAACUUGUUGUGGCUGAAUAGUGGGAUUUCAAUAGAUGAAAAGCAGAGAAAAAUCCCAAACCAAAACCCUGCUCUUAAUCUCAGUGCCUUUCUGUUUAUUUGUUUUUUUAAGAGUGGGAGAUUCUUAGGCAAAAGCAGAAUUUCUAAAAUACUUUUUUUGUAAGGACCUACAGACAUAUUUUGCAGAAAAUUGUCUUAUUUUAUCAAUCCCCAUCCCAGGGCAGCAGCAAUGGCCUCACAGUCCCUGUGUAGUGCAAUGUAGCCAAAUGAAGCUUCAGAAGCUUUUCCCUAAGAAGAACACUGGAAAAAAAAAAAAAAAAAUCAGCUCCAGCAACUCUGAAAGGCAUCUUUGUGUGGCAAAAAGCUGUAUUUUUAGGUCAACUUGGCUAAACUGAAGGAGGUGGUUUGUGUGUUAAGUAGGAGUAAUGCCUGGCUUUUAAGCUCAGCCUGAAUUUGUGGAAGUCCUAAGCCAUGCUGGUUGUUUUGGGUGCUUUUUUGGAGCUGGGAAUUGAGUGGCCACCAGUGAGAGACAACUGCUUGGUCCUCAGUAUUUAAUUAGAAAUGUGUAUCUGCAAGGGGUGACUGCAAAACUGUUCCUUUUUGUCCCUCUUUUCUCAUUGGUUAUGAACAUUUUAAUAGAGUGAAAUGAAGGAUUUUGGAUGUUAAAUCCUGGCUGUGAGGAUCAGCAGCUAAGCACUAACCAGGGUGGUUAUCAGCAGCAAUGCCAGCUGGGUGUCAGGAGGAACAGGGAAAUUUGGGGCUGGAUCAAGUGACAGGACAAGAGGAAAUCACCUCAAGUUGCACCAGGGGAGUUUUAUUAGCACAUUUUUAUUUUUUAUUUUAUUAUUUAGAACACAGCAGGGUUUGCUCUGCCCCAUCCCCCAGGGGGAGCAUCAGCCCUGAUGGGAAUGAACAAAACACAUGGAGUAAAAAAUGGGAGAAGCUCUGGGCAGAUGGAGGAACCCCCAGAUUUUCUAAUUCCCACGGGUAUCUCCUGUAUUGGUAAAGGCUCAUGUCACAGAAUCCCAGAAUGGCUUGGAAGGGACCUUAAGGAUCACCUUUAAUUCCAACCCCCUGCCACAGGCAGGAGCUGGAACUCAACCAUCAAUCCAAUCACCUUCCACUAAACCAGGCUGCUCCAAGCCCCAUCCAGCCUGGCCAGAAAGGGAAUUUAAGGGGAGAGAAAGGGGGAAAAAACUAGGUGAACUGAGGCAAGGUAGAGGGGGAAGAAAGCAAGGCUGGGUUUUGUCAGCAGGAAGAAUGAUUUCUCACAUGUUCCUCUUCUGUGGAAUGACAAAACGAGGCGCUCAAAGGCUGAGACAAAGAGAAUUACAGCUAGCAUCAGUCAGAUAUUGGGCCUAAGGAGUUGUAGCUGUGCCAGGGGAAGGUUUAGGUUGGAUUUUAGGAAAGGUUCUUCCCCCAGAGGGUGCUGGCACUGCCCAGGCUCCCCAGGGAAUGGGCACAGCCCUGAGGCUGCCAGAGCUCCAGGAGGGUUUGGACACCGCUCUCAGCACAGGGUGGGAUUGUUGGGGUGUCUGUGCAGGGCCAGGAGUUGGAUUUGAUGAUGAUUUGAUGAUGGUUUGAUGAUGAUUUGAUGAUGUUUGUGAGUCCCUUCCAGCCCAGGAUGUUGUAAGAUUCUGUGGGAUAAGUGCUGCUCUCCUGACAGUGCAGCCAGCUCCCCGUUCACUCCUGGUUUUAUUUUCGUGUCCCUCUCAGCCAGAGCCCGGGCAGGGCUGAGCUUUCCUGCAGGAAUUCUCUGGCUGAGCUGUUCCCAAAACGUGUCAGUAGGUGGCAAAAAGCUACAGCCCUUGUGCUAAGCAAGAAAUAAAUAUUUUUUGCUAGCUCUUUCAAGAGCAGGAGGGAUCUGAGGGCAGCCCUGUGGCACCAAUGGAGAUGGAUUGUGUUCCCACUGGGACAGAGAUCCCUGCACCAGCACUGCUGCCAGGGAGAGGCAUCUCAGAGUCCAGGAGCAGGUAAAGAGGCUCAAACAGGAGCUGUCUCCUUCCUCUUCACUCAUCAGAGGACCCUUGAGCCAUUGCUUGACCUCACUCAGGAAUUAUUUAAAGCAAGCUGGAGGCUGUGAGGGCGUGGGAAAACAGCAGGUUUGGGCUGUGCUGUCGCAGAGCAGUCUGAGGAUACCUGGUGAGGCAAACAAAAACCUGCCACGCUUGGUAUUUUUUCAAGCUGGUGAUAAGACUUUAAUCUUCGUGUACAGCCUGAAACGGAGCUGCUCAAGUCGCUGUUCUUGGGGGCUUUUCUCUGCGGCUUUGUGUAAGCAGAUUGAAGCAAUCCCAGUCGCCUGUCACACACCUUCCAGGGAGGCAGGGCAGAUAAAGGCUUUAAUAAGGUUGCUGGAUGUAUCCCAGUGGCUCAGAUGGUGGGGUUUUCCCUGCUUUUGAAUGCCUGUGUGCAUCGGGGCAGGAGGAUGUUAUAUGAUGCUGAAGACUCACAUUCCUGGGGAGGUCAAAUACUCUGAGCACCAGGUGGGACUGAGCCCAGGGAGGUCAGAAAAUCCCAUUAAUCCAGACUAGUCAGUGAGAUCCAGUUACACUGUGGCUUUGUUCAGCUUUAUUUACCUAACACUUCUCUUUGCUAAGUGUAAUUAAAUUAUUUUUUUUCUCAAGAACAAUAACAGAGGUGUUACAGCAACCCCAGCUCCUUUUUUAAAUACAGAAGUACAGUUCAUUGACAUUUCCUAUUAUAAAUUGUACAUUUAAUUGCUAAUGAUUUUGCCAGGCUGGUACAGAUUCAGGCUGAGCAUUAUCAUUUUUAUUUAACAUUUCAGCAAAACUAGUUUAGCUAAUCCUGAGCUGGAAGAACUUGGCUUGCUCUGGCCAUGUUUGUACUGACAAAAACAUCCUAUAACCAUUUCCCUGGGGAGAUCAAAUGUCCUUUGGGGCAGGGAUCUAUCUGACCUACAUCUCCUGGGCUGUACCAUUUGCUGCUAUCCACACCCACAUCAUUAACUGUGUAAAAUCUCCAUUCUUUGCCGUUUUGGUGAAAAACAAUCAUUUGAAUUCUCUGAUUCAAAUCUGGGCUGAGCAGUUUCUGCCCCAGCACAGCUCCUGUGUGGAGACUCCUCUACCCUGCAGGAAGGAUCCAGCCUUGCCUUAAAGCUUUGGGUAGUGUGGGAGAGCCACAGAAAGAUGUU